GCACAACUCGGCUUUUCGGCCGAGGGGGUUUGAGGUAGUCACGCAGCACGUGACGCGACGCGACGCGACGAUUGUGUCUGACGCGAACGGCUCAACUUGCGCUCAUUCUCGGCCAACACCGUGCCUACGUCGUCCACAAAACUUCUUCAAAUAUGCUUGAUAGUCCAGAGACUCCUCGCAGUGAAAUUCUCUCCGAUACUACCAAUGUUCGGGAGAGCCUGCACUUCUACGCAUCUCAGCUUCCAACACCAGUUACAUCACUAGACGAUGGAAAACCAAAGCGCCGUAUAUCACAGUCUGACGAAACACCUGCGAAGAGGCCGAGAUUGAUGACAGGAGAGUCGAGCAAGGACACAAUUAACGUUGAUGUUGAAGUGGACGAUGUUGCCGCUGUCAAAAGACGAGGUUGUCGCCGUGUAGCGUUUCGAACGUUGGGCCUAGAUUCUAAUGGCUAUCCUACUGGGUCUCAUCGAAUGUUUUUGCCAUCCCGCAACAUUCUGCAGUCAUUCGUUUCCUCAAAUACAUCGGACGUAUUCAAAUGUCAUUCAAGAACAGUUGAUUCUUUCGUCACGCCUCCUUAUGCCUGUGCAUACUCCAAUGGUGCAAAACGUGAUGGCGUACCCCUUCUUGCCGUCGCUACGGAGCAAGGAUCCAUCAACAUCCUUGACACAACCAAACGAAGAGAAUGGGAUUGUGAGCCUGUCCGAGUGACCAUGGAGCCCCAUGAAAAUGGCAUCUUUGACGUUAAAUGGAAUGCGGACGACACUCUUCUCGCUACGGCAUCCGGAGACAAAAGCACCAGAAUAUCCUCUGUCGAGACACAACAGUUGCUUUCCAUUCUUGAUGGUCAUACCAGCACUGUAAAAUGCGUUGCCUGGGAUCCAACGCAUCGAGACCUCUUGACUACGGGUGGCAGGGACGGAAUGCUAUGCUUGUACGACUUGCGCGUCAACAACUUGUCCGAUGAAGAUGAAAUUCCCGCAAGAACACCUGUAAUUACGAUCACCGCCGCUCACGGACAAGAUAAAGCUCCCGGAGGCAGACAAAGGAUUCGACCUUUGCCCAGGGGUGUCACAAAUAUUCUCUACCCUGAUGACCGACCUCACGGACUAGUCAGUAGUGGAUCAUUUGAUGGCAUCUUGCACUACUGGGACCUUCGCCUUCCUUCAGACAAGCCCUCAAAGCGUAGCCCCAAAAAACCGUCAUUCAAGCCACUAUUUUCCUCUACCAUAGAUCCGACCACAUUUCAUGGUGCUCGUUGUCGAGGGAUCACAAGCAUGUCCCAAGGAUCGGGUCCCAGCGCAGGCCUCUUGUUCGCUCUCGGUGCCGAUUCUCGUUUGUAUACAUAUUCAUACCCCACCCUUACCCCACAUCGCACUGAAACCCACCCAAACCUGCAAACAAACUCGUUCUAUGUCCGACUAGCUACUUCUCCGUGUGGACGCUGGCUCGCAAGUGGCAGCACAAGCCGAGCUGGAAGCCUUUUCCUGUUUGAUAUCAACAACGCUGGCAGAAUAGCGGCAUCGUACGGCAUGGGUGCUGAUGAACCAGUUUCCCCAGCCGUUCGUUUCCGUGGACAAGCGAGUGAAAUUGGGGCAAUCGACUGGGCAAGGAACAUGGUCGCGAGCUGUGCUGAUGACGGGACAGUGCGAAUCUGGAGACCUGAUUUGGAGGUAUAUCAAAACUGCGUCGCCAAUCCAGAAGAACAGAAAUGGGAGUGGCUGUGGUCCACCUAAAUUAGUAGACGUGUCUUGACGUUCGUGUAGUAUAUCUCGUUUAUUGCCAUUGAAGAGAUCUCUUCACAAUUAAUCCUGGUGAUAUGGAUCUUACUGGGUC